CUUUCCCUCCUUCAAAAAAAAAAAAAAGAAAAAAGAAAAAAGAACUCUCCGGCCCUCUGUACAACCUAACCCUAGCCAUUUCCCUCUGAAUUUCCCUUCAGAGAUGUUUGAAUUAAGGCUUGUUCAGGGUAGUUUGUUGAAGAAGGUUCUGGACGCCAUAAAAGAUUUGGUGAACGAUGCGAAUUUCGACUGUUCCUCGAGUGGCUUCUCCUUGCAAGCCAUGGACUCCAGCCACGUCGCGCUGGUGGCUCUGCUGCUCAGAUCCGAAGGCUUUGAGCACUACCGCUGUGACCGUAAUUUUUCCAUGGGGAUGAAUCUUAACAAUAUGGCUAAGAUGCUCAAGUGCGCCGGAAACGAUGACAUCAUCACCAUUAAAGGCGACGAUGGCAGUGAUACUGUUACCUUCAUGUUUGAAAGUCCCACUCAAGAUAAGAUAGCUGAUUUUGAAAUGAAGCUUAUGGACAUCGACAGUGAGCACCUUGGAAUUCCAGAAGCAGAGUACCAGGCUAUUGUUAGGAUGCCUUCGGCUGAGUUUGCUAGAAUUUGUAAAGAUCUCAGCAGUAUCGGUGAUACAGUUGUGAUAUCUGUGACAAAAGAAGGUGUAAAAUUUUCAACAAGAGGUGAUAUUGGGUCUGCUAAUAUUGUUUGCCGGCAGAAUACAACUGUUGACAAGCCAGAGGAAGCAACUGUUAUAGAAAUGAAUGAUCCAGUGUCCUUGACAUUUGCCCUUAGGUAUUUGAACUCUUUUACCAAGGCAAGCCCAUUGUCUAACACAGUAACCAUCAGUUUGUCUUCAGAGCUUCCUGUAGUUGUUGAGUACAAGAUUGCAGAGAUGGGUUAUAUAAGAUUUUACCUGGCGCCUAAGAUUGAAGAGGAUGAAGAAGAGACAAAGCCUUGAGUUUGAAUGCUCCAGCAGCAGCAUUUUCAAUCUCUGCUGAUGCUGUCUCUGCCACAACUUUUCUUAAUCUUGUUUACUUGAGAAUUCAGCUCUUAGUGGAUAGUUUAUAUGACUUUCAUUGUUAAAUAGUCUGUUAUGCUUGAGUUUAUUAGAGUUUCAUUUUCUUUUUUGUUUUCGAAAUUUGUUGUAAUUGCGUUUUCUCUUUUUCCUUUGCUUUUGUGUUUUCUAAAUUUGUUGUAGUUGUUUUUGUUUCUUCGAAUCAGUAAAUUUCUUUCACUCUUUAUCUUAA